AUCCCCAAUUUCCAAUUGAAACCCUGUUCCGUUUAUGAAAUAACCGAACUAACCGGUUACCGUUUCGCUCCGUUCAAAACUACCUCUGUUGUCGACGAAAAACAUUGUAUCAUCCGAAAUGUCGACAAGAACAGUUAAGGUUAGCAACAUAUCACUGGCUACUUCCAAGAAGGAAAUUGAAGAAUUCUUUUCAUUCUCAGGUGAUAUUCAAUAUAUUGAGAUGCUAAGGGAAUCUGAUCACACCCAGAUUGCUUAUGUUACCUUUAAGGAUUCACAGGGAGCUGACACGGCAGUUCUCUUGACAGGUUCCAAGAUAGCUGAUCUAUAUGUUACCAUCACACCUGUGGAGAAGUACCAGCUGCCCCCUGAAGCUAUUCCCUCAAGUCCAAUAAACCGAAGUGCUUCUUCAGUUAAUGGGGCUGAAGAUGUAAUGAGCACCAUGCUUGCCAGGGGUUUCAUUUUAGGAAAGGAUGCAAUCUACAAGGCAAAAGCCUUUGAUGAACGUCAUCACUUGACCUCAAAUGCUUCUUCCACAGUUGCUUCCAUCGAUCGUAAAAUGGGUUUAAGUGAUAAACUAAGUAUUGGAACAGCUAUUGUCAAUGAAAAGGUGAAAGAAAUGGAUGAAAUGUUUCAGCUUUCCGAAAAGACAAAGUCUGCUAUUGCUGUUGCUGAGCAAAAGGCAAGUAGUGCUGGAUCUGUUAUCAUGAGCAAUCCUUACGUAUUAACUGGAGCUUCAUGGGUGUCAAGUGCCUUCACUGCUAUUGCAAAGGCAGCUGAGGAUGUUAGCAUGAUGACUAAGGAGAAGGUUGAACAAGCUGAGGUGGAAAAGAAGGAGAUCAUUUACCUUGAAAGGCAAGGGACUGUUGAUGAAUUUGCACAUAUGCACUUUGAGGAUUCUUCAGAUGCGGGUCCUGCGGUUGUUCCUGUUAAUUCAGACAAUGACAGUAAGUUGGGAAUUAUAUAAUUUUGAGAUGACUCACAAUCCUUACAUCCUCACAAGCACAGUUUUAUUGAUUUGGUUAAUAUAGUUUUUGUCAGUCUUCACUUGCUGCAAAUUGGUUGUACAAUGAUAAGUCUUGUUGAUUGUUAUAGUGAUGUAAAGUUUUCUCUGGCUGAUUAGAUUCCAAAAC